CAUCACAUCAUCAAGAAACCUUGUACAAGUUUUCUUAUGUGUUAAGAGAAGAAAACCAAGUGUUGUUGUAAACAGAUUCUGAUCUGUUAUAUUAUAUAUAUACUUGGUUAGGGAAGGAUUCUGAUUGUGAGUUACAUUCAGUUAUCUUUAAUAAAACUAGAGGAAAAGAAAGUUUGUGGUGAGAAAACUCAUCCUUCUUCCAUUGAUGAGUAGUGAAGUUACUACUGCAUCAUAAAAGCUUCAAUGGGUUCAGUGCAUGCAUGGAUUUCCUUGAAAAUCAUUCAAGAAUUGAACAUCAGAGACAAAAAAAGGCUACUGGGGUGACAUUCAUGGGGCUUCAUGGAUGGUGGCAAGUUACGUUGGUAAUUGUGUGUUUGUUUUCAUCAUCUCUUGUUGAAGGUUUGAAGACUUAUUCUGAUCGUAAAUCACUGGAUUCCUUUCUUCGCAUGCAAGCAAAUGAAGAGAUAAAAAAUCCUAAAACAGGUGUUCUCUACAAUGUUUCCCUUCCUUCCAACUUAACAGGUAUGGAAGUUUCAGUCGUUAGAUUGCGCAGUUUUUCUUUAUGGUCAAGAGGAAUGAACUACAGUUUCUUCAACCUUCCGCCACGGAUUAUGUCUCGGCCAAGCCAGAAAAGAAUAACCAUUUUGUACGAAAACUUAGGCAAUUGUUCUUCUCAUUACUACAAUGUACCUAACCACACAAUGGUGGCUCCAGUUUUUGGUAUCAUGGCUUACAGUUCUUCAGAAUCAGCAUUGGUGGAUGAGAAGAUUAACUUUACCAUUCAUGGUGAUCCCAUCAAAAUUUGGUUUCCUCUUGCCGAUGAACGUGGGAGAAAUCACACUCCUCUUUGUGCUAAGUUUACUGAUAAUGGGUUGGUGAAAUUCAAGAACAUGACUAAGCCAUAUGUUUGUGAAGUACACAGACAAGGACAUUACACUCUUGUAAUUCCAUCAUUUCCUUUUCCAGAUGAACUUCAUACUCACAGUCAUGGCAGGAGAUUUACCACAUGGUGGGUGUUGGGGUUUGCAAUAGGUUUCAUUGGGUUGGUUGUUUUGGGUUUGAUCUUGUUAGCUUUGGUUAUGGAGGUCAAGAAGAGAAAAAUAAGAAAAAUGGAGAAAAAUUCAGCUGGGGAAGAGCUUUUUGACACAUUUUGGAUUGGAGAAACUAAAUUACCAUUAGCUUCAUCGAUUAGAACACAACCAAUCCUUGAGAAUUAAAAUGUACA